UUAUGCAUCUUACAGCCAUAGUGUGUUACACAUCUUACAGCCAUAGUGUGUUAUGCAUCUUACAGACAUAGUGUGUUACACAUCUGACAGCCAUAGUGUGUUACACAUCUUACAGCCAUAGUGUGUUACACAUCUUACAGCCAUAGUGUGUUACACAUCUUACAGCCAUAGUGUGUUACACAUCUUACAGCCAUAGUGUGUUAUGCAUCUUACAGACAUAGUGUGUUACACAUCUUACAGCCAUAGUGUGUUUCACAUCUUACAGCCAUAGUGUGUUACACAUCUUACAGCCAUAGUGUGUUAUGCAUCUUACAGACAUAGUGUGUUACACAUCUGACAGCCAUAGUGUGUUAUGCAUCUUACAGCCAUAGUGUGUUACACAUCUUACAGCCAUAGUGUGUUAUGCAUCUUACAGCCAUAGUGUGUUACACAUCUUACAGACAUAGUGUGAGUUAUAAAAGCAAUGAGCAGCUCUGAGAAGCAACUGCAUCAUUCAACAACAAGAAAUAGUGUCAACAUGACAGUCUAUAUCAGGGAGUAAAAACAUCAGCUGUUGCAAUACACAUCAUGCAACAUGCAACAUAUUCAGCUCUGUAUUAUACAACCUUUCUGAACUUUUACCUCCAUAAUAUCUAAAAUGGCCUUUUGAGUCCUGUGUAUAGUUGUGUAUUUAUGAGCAGAACAAAUGUUCGAUAGUGGUCACAGAACUCCUCCAAUGAUAGUUCUGUGGAGCCACAGGAGGCUGCAGAACUCUGUGUCUGCAGCUGUCUGUGUCUACAGCUCUCUGUGUCUGCAGCUCUCUGUGUCUGCAGAACUCUGUCUGCAGAGCUCUGUGUUUGCAGCGCUCUGUGUCUUCAGAGCUCUGUGUCUGCAGCGUUCUGUGUCUGCAGCUCUCUGUGUCUGCAGCUCUUGGUGUCUGCAGCUUUCUGUGUCUGCAGCUCUCUGUGUCUGCAGCUCUCUGUGUCUGCAGCGCUCUGUGUCUGCAGCUCUCUGUGUCUGCAGCUCCCUGUGUCUGCAGCUCUCUGUGUCUGCAGCGCUCUGUGUCUGCAGAGACAGCUCCCUGUGUCUGCAGACUCGACUACUCUUCCAGCCAUUAGGCUGUAGGCUACAUACGUACAUCCCAAGAUCUGUCAAAUAAAAACAACAUUUACCAAGUAUUUGAAGAUGGAAUUUGUAGUAAUGACAUAUUUUUGUAUACAGUAGCGUAGAUGUGUGUAUGGCUCCAGUGUCAGAUCACACAUGUGUAAUAUCCAUAUAAAAGCUGAUACCAUCAUGUUUUAAUUUUGUGUAAAUUAUUUGUCUUGUAAAGACUGUAAUAUAUUGUUAUUUUGUGCCUCUUAUCAUAAAGAGAGAGAUGUCUCUCAAAUCUCUCACUAACCUUCUGCUUUCCCCCCCAACUGCUACAUUUUUAUAAAUAAAAGAUAAAAGAAAUUCAGCCUGCUGAUCAAGGCAUAGUCUUUUGGGUGUGUGUAUGUGUCCUGGGAGGGACAGAAACAGUGGGUUUGUUUGGGAACCUGAGGCUUUGUAUCCCAUGAGUCUCAACAGAGAAACCAGGAAAUGGGUUUGUUUGGGAAUCUGAGGCUUUGUAUGCCAUG